CAAAAAAACAAAAUACUCACAGUGGCAGCUCAUAUUUUGGGUUAUUCUGAACAUCGCACAAUGAUUGUAUGUAUCGGUGUGCGGGGGUGAUGUAACACGAGAACGGCCGACUCCUUUAUCUUCUGCUACGCAAACCGGCAAAUACACAUAUAUAUAGGAUAAAUACAACCGAGAGAUGCUUCAAUUCGUCUAAACACAGGCAGAAUUAGCUCGAGAGAGAUAGUGCGUGUAUUGAAAAUAAGCUGCAUGUGUAUCAUAUGCAGGAAGUAGAAUAUACAUAUAGGGGAUAACGGGGCAAUGUUAUCGUUCUUUCGUAAGCUGUCUAUUGGUGGUAAGAUCCGAGAUGGUCUGCUCCCAGAUGCAAACAUCAGCAGCAACGUCAUGAGCAAUGCCGAAGAUGUUGUGAUAAGUGACAGUAGUAGGAUGCAGCAGCGCGACGAUCUCGCCGCCAAGGACGAGACGGAGCUCAGAGAGACCAUUUACGAUUUGCUGCGUACGAUAAGGGAUCCCGAGAAACCGCAGACGCUCGAGCAGCUCGAUGUCGUUUAUGAGGAUUGCAUCGAGAUUUGCGAGGCUACCCCGGGCGGCGUGACAGUCAUCAGGGUGGAAUUCAACCCUACGGUGCCGCACUGCUCCCUGGCCACCUUGAUCGGAUUGUGCAUCAGGGUCAAACUGGAGCGUCACCUGCUCGCGCUGUUCAAACUCGAUAUUUACAUAAAAGAAGGUGCCCACUCCACGGAACAAGAAAUAAACAAGCAAAUUAACGACAAAGAAAGAAUCGCCGCGGCCAUGGAAAAUCCAAAUUUGAGGGAACUGGUGGAAAAGUGUAUUCAGGAAGAGGAGUGACGCGCG